AAAAGAACAUAACAGAAAAGUAGAUUCAUACUGUUUACAUAUAUUUUGAGAUAUCGAAAUAAAAAGAAGAAAUGUUUUUGGGUAUCAUUAAUUUAAUGAAUAUCGUAUUUUUUAUUUCAAAUCAACAAUUUUUUGUUGACUCUUUUGAUUUAAAAUGUAGACCAUUACACUAUAGAAAUGCACAAGUUACAAUAAAUGAUGCAAACAAUUUGGCGACAAUAAAAUGUAAUGAAAAUUAUUUUCUCGAAGGAAAUGAAGAUUUGAUCUGUGUUAAUAGAAAAUGGCAACGGACCGUUCAAGACAAAUGUGUUCAUAAAGAAUGCUUAAAUUCUACUAAACAUAUAAAGAUUGAAAAUGGAAAAUUCAAAUUUAUUUAUUCUCUAUCGGACCAUGAACGUGUCAUAGAAUAUCAGUGCAAUGACAAUUACAAAAUGAUAGGAAAUGUGAUUUCAACAUGUACUGAUGGCAAAUGGUCAAAUCCUUCUCCUGUAUGUAAAUUUAGGAAUAACUACACAACAGAAAUAGAUCCUAAUUGCUUAAAUAAUUCUUUGUAUUACACUCUUGAAAAUGGAUAUGUACAAAAGACAACAGUAGGAAAAUACGGUGAAGUACGUUUGACAUAUAAUUGCAAUGAAAAUUACCAAUUAAUAAGAACAAGAUUAGCCACCUGCAUUGAUGGAAUAUGGAUGAACAGAUUCCUUCCUGAAUGUAAAUUAAAAGUUGGAAAUUAUAAAACUACCACUGAAUCUCAAUUAAUACGUAAUUUAAAGCCUUAGUCCUUUCAGUCUUUCGUACAAAAAUUUCACAGCGCCCUCUUACCCGGCAGUGUUUCUUAUAUUUUUUCUCAAUGUUUUUAUUUAAACAAAUUUUUAGAUCAUUACACAGCCCCACAAAAAAAAGUGUCAUGUACUUUUUUUGUAUUUUUUUCUAACCUCAAAAAACAUGUCGGAUUUUGAGAAGUAGGCAAUUUUUUAAAAAAUUGAUGUAUUAACUUCAAACUUGGUAUCUGGAGGUUUUUUGUGUUGCUGAUUACGAAUCUGAAGUUAGAUUUUCAAAAUCCAAAAUGGCGGAUCCAAUAUGGUGGACAAAUUUUUAAAAAUUUUAAGAUUUACUUCAAACUUGGUAUCUAGGGGUUUUUUGGGUCGCUGAUUACGAAUCUGAUGUCAGAUUUCCGAAAUUCGAUAUGUCUGAUUAAAUAUUAAGAAAGUAUUUUUAAAAAAUUGUCAGAUUUUUAUGAAAUUUGGUAUCUACAGGUUUUCUAUGUUGCUGACAAGUAACACUAGGGAAGUGCCGUACGCCGUUUUUUCUGAAACUUGUCAGUUUUGUAGUUCUUUGAAAACAAUUUGACACGUAUUUUUUUGUUUUUUUUUAAAAUCUGACGUCAGAUUCGUAAUCAGCGACCCAAAAAACCCCUAGAUACCAAGUUUGAAGUAAAUAAAUUAAUUUUUUUUAAAAUCGCCUAUCUCUCAAAAUCCGACAUGUUUUUUGAGGUUAGAAAAAAAUCUUGACGUGAUGGAGCAAAACGGACUUCGGAUUCGUGUUCAGCGCGUCAAAAUACAUAGGGAUAGGGUAUUCCGGUCAAAAGUACAUGACACUUUUUUUUUGUGGGGCUGUGUUAUUUGUAAAUGAAAAAUACUAUAAUUGAUAAAAUAAAAAAAUUCUAGUAUAAUUAUUCACAGGUAAUAUAUAUUUUUACCCAAAAUAUUAAUAUGACAAAAAUUGACCCACACAGCACAAAUGAUAUAUUUCUAAAAUAUUUCAUUGAAAUUUUGAAAUAUUCCAAUGCGAAGUCCUUGAAAUAUUUCUGAAAUUAGGGAAAUGUCCGCCUAUAAGAAAUAUUGCCGUGUAAUUUUGCUGAAAUAUUUCAUUAAAAUAUUAUAGAAAAAUUCCAACUUAAAUGAUGCGCACUGGUAGAUCUCAGUUUCUAUGGCCUGUACAGCUGCGCACUAGUUUUUAAUUUUCUAUAGGAUUCUAAGGUGUAAAACAUGUUAGAAAAUAAUGAUUGAUUUCAUAUUUUAAAAAAGUUUCUAACUUUCUUUGAAAUAUUUCCUGAAUAUUGCAAAGUCUUCAUGUGUAAUAUUGCAGGAGUCUUAAAGUGUAAUAUUUCAGCAAAAUUGUACGGCAAUAUUUCUUAUAGGCGGAAAUUUUCCUGUUUUCAUCAACAUCAAAUCUUUCAAUGAACUAUUCAUGAAAUGUUUAGGAAAUAUAAUCUGCUGUGUGGGGAGUAUAAAAAGAACAAUAUAAUUGUGAAUCUAGUGAACUUUGUAAAAUUUUUGCAUUUAAAUCAGUAUUAAUAUCAUUGAAAUAAAAUGAGUCAAAUAUCAUUGAUGAUGCGUUUUGUGAAGGAUCGUCAAAUAGGAAAAAAUUUAGAGAGAAAUACUGAUGAAUGAAUGUGGAAUUUUUUAUAUCGAUGCAAAAAUGUAUGUACAGUGCCGCUCAGCAGAUUUUGCCCACCUUUGAGAAUUUUACGCUUGGCGAAAAGUUUUAUAUUUCGGUUGCUAAUAAAGAUAUAAUAAUGAGUGAGGACUUUUUUGAAAGCUUAUAUCUUCUACUUUUAUGAUAUCUAAAACAGACAUUAAAAAAAAAUUUUUUUUAUUGUUUAAUUGCUCAAAAUAAAAAUCCAAAAUUUCCGGUUUUUUUUGUAAUUUUAAAAUCGCUGCAGUUUUUAAACCAGUCAUCACAUUUUAAUCGUUGAUAAGCCAUUUGAAAGCUAAUUUUAUCACCUUUAAAAUGAUUCCUUGUAAACUUUAAUACGAUAAUUUGUAACAAAGAUAUGGAUAAUUGUUUAAAAAAACUGCACUUUUUUUCAACUAGUCAUAAC